AUGAACCCGGCGCUUGUCGUGCAAUUCCACCGCACCCUCAUUCCCGCCAUCAACACCAUCAUCGAGCAAUGGGAGCGGCGUGAACGCGAGAUUGACGCCGUCGUGCUUGAGAAUUCCUCUCCUCCUGACCGGGAGCUUACCUAUAAUUUGAAGCACGGAUUUUGCGAUGAAUUCGCUGCCCUGUACGAAGAACUCUGUCAAAGCCGAGCCGACGCCCGUAAGGUUGUCGUCGAUCCCGGGCGUCGGCAGUAUUUGGUGAUUCGUCGCGGACACGGGAGUGACGAGGGUCUCGUCGUCGCCUGCAUCAAUGCCAAAAUCGUGCUCGCCACAUGUGACUACGUUUGGCAGGUCAGA